AUGGAAAUUCGAGGGGAUAACUUUGCACCCUCGGCUGGCGGAGACGUGUCUUAUGGCAAGACAUACAGAGUUCAGGGAAUACCAGCCACAUUUACUAGAGAAGACUGCAGAACACUCCUCUCUUCAGCUUUGCAAUCGGAAAACGAGAGCUCGGAACCUGUUGUCCACUCUCUGAGUGCCGAUCCUUACACAACAAAAUUCCAGAUAGCUACUGUUACCUUCAAGCAAAUCCCGGAUAGAUUUCAAGACGGCAAGGACGAAUGGACUAUCCCCGUGACAAAGUCGAACAUUCUAGGCAUAAUUUCUUCUCUCACAGUCGACUGCCAUUUCUCGGGGUUUACACCAUUGAAUUCUGUCAGAGAUGCCUCGGAUCAUAAAAUAGACUGCAUUGCAAUUACUGGUCUCGGAAGCCACCCGUUCGGCUCCUGGAAGCAGAGAAAUGGGGAGCAUAUGUGGCUUAGGGACGGCCUCCCUUAUGAUCUGGAAGGGGCCCGUGUUCUCUCGUACGGCUACAACUCCAAACUAAUCCAAAGCCAAACAUUCCAAAGCGUUGAAGAUAUUGCCACUGCAUUUCUUAUCAGCAUGAGAAGUAUCAGAAUACACGACAGGGUCAUUACUCCUCGGCCUUUGAUUUUUAUUUCCCACAGCCUCGGGGGGAUAAUUUUGAAAAAGGCCAUAUUAUUAAUGAAGGAUGAAGACAAAAUCUGCCAGGAGAUUUUCAAGUCUAUUUACGCCGUGCUAUUCUUCGGUGUGCCGAAUCAAGGGUUUAGAGUCGAUCACUGGCUAUCCAUGGUCAAAGGACAACCAAAUGAGAACCUCAUACUAAGUCUAGGGUCUAAUUCAGUUUAUCUGAGAGAUCUCCACAGAGAUUUUCGAAUUGCGUUCGACUUUCAAGAUUCUCAAAUUGUCUGUGUCUACGAAACAGAGCGAACAAGACAAGAAGCGCUUGGGAAGUGGAAACUGACAGGAGAUUACGAAAUCCUUGUCCCUAAGAGCUUAGCGACAGACAGUCCCGCAAAUGAUCAGGGUUAUCGCGAUUUUCCCAUCCGCCAAAACCAUUCUGACAUGGCCAAAUUUUCGAGCCGGUGGGACGAAAAUUACAAAAACAUCCGAACCUGCUUGGAGGAGUUCAGUAUGGCUGCUCCUGACGUGAUUCGCGCGAGGUUUUCAAGGGCGCAAGGUAGAAUUCGACUCUUCAACCCGUUGUCCUAG